GCCGCGGAGCCCCGCCUGCGCAGGCGCGAGCGCCGGCUUCCGCUCGAGGCGGGGCGGGCGCGCCGGGUCCGGGAGGCUGUGCCCGGGUGCGCCCCCCGCCGGCGCCUCCAUGGAGUCCCAGGCGGGACCGGGCGUGGGCUGGGCCCGGGGGGCGGCCUCGGGGACCUCGGUGCCGCGGCAGGAGCAGGGGCCAGGGGCUGCGAGCCCCCGUGCUGUCGGAGCCCGCCGCUUCCUGCUCUGUCUCUACCUGGUGGGCUUCUUGGAUUUAUUUGGCGUCAGCAUGGUUGUCCCUCUACUGAGCCUUCAUGUCAAGUCCCUUGGAGCAAGUCCAAUAGUUGCUGGAAUAGUAGGAUCCUCCUAUGGCAUCUUACAACUAUUUUCAAGCACGUUGGUGGGUUGCUGGAGCGAUGUGGUCGGAAGACGCUUCUCCCUUCUGCUCUGCAUUCUGCUCAGCGCGCUGGGCUAUCUCCUCCUGGGAGCUGCCACAAAUGUGUUCCUGUUUGCUCUGGCUCGGGUCCCUGCAGGUAUUUUUAAACACACACUGUCCAUAUCAAGGGCUCUACUCUCGGAUCUGGUCACAGAGAAGGAGCGGCCACUGGUCCUUGGGCGGUUCAACACGGCUUCCAGUGUGGGCUUCAUCUUGGGCCCCGUGGUCGGGGGCUAUCUCACUGAAUUAGACGGUGGAUUUUAUCUGACAGCCUUCAUCUGUUUUUCUGUCUUCAUGCUCAAUGCUGCUCUGGUCUGGCUGGUCCCGUGGAAUGAAACACACCGCGAUGGAGCAAAGCAGGACGUGCAGAUUGGAAAGGCUGGAGUGCUUUCAGUGAAGACAGGCUCUGAAGUACAGGAUGCAGCCACCGCCCGUGGGCCCAAGGAGGCAGAGAAGGCGCGGCCAUCCUGGGUGCAGGUCACUUGGGCCUUGCGGGACAUGAAGAGCCUGGUGUUUUCCGAAAUGUGGGACCUAUUUCUCGUCCGCUUCCUGAUGGGCGUGGCGGUCAUGCUGUAUUACAGUAACUUUGUCUUGGCCCUGGAGGAGCGCUUUGGGGUGCGGCCCAGGACCACUGGCUACCUCAUUAGCUACAGCAGUGCACUGGGCGCCCUGGCCGGCUUUGCACUGGGGCCGAUCCUGCGGCUGUACCAGCAUAACGCACAUGCCGUGCUGCUGCGGUCCUGCGCGCUCACCUGCGCGCUGCUGGGCCUCCACGCCUCGGCCCAUACCAUGGGUGUGGUCAUCUUCUCCUCCACGCUGCUGGCCUUCUCCACCUCCAUCGGCAGGACGUGUGUCACCGACCUCCAGCUGACCGUGGGCGGAACCCAGGCCAGUGGCACAGUUAUCGGAGUGGGUCAGUCUGUGACAGCGGUGGGUCGCAUCGUAGCCCCGCUCCUCUCGGGAGUGGCCCAGGAGGUCAGCCCGCGCGGCCCGCCGAGUCUGGGGGCUGCCUUAGCCUUAGUGGCGAUUUUUAUAAUGUCAGUACACAAACGUCACUCUGGCAGUCCUGAGAGCGAAAAAUUAAAAACUGAAUAGUAUGCUUUUG